GAUGAAAUCCGUCAGACCUGUUCACUAUUCCGCUAUAUGUGCAUCUUACGAACCAUCACUAUGCUUCGGAAUAAACUUCAACUUGAAGUUACGAACACUCACACUCGAAAGAUCUCAAGGCUUCUCUACAGAGAAACUGACGUCGACGAACACAUCCUGAAUAUUUCCUCUUACGAACUAUCGUUCUUCCAAAAAUUGGUUCUCUGUCGUGGCCUGAAAUUUGCGAUCCCACAAAGAGUGUCUCCAGUUGAGAUCAAGGCAAGCUUCGAGAAAGCAUAUUGGAACCUUGAACGGCAUCUACCAAACGAGAAUUUACGCGAACUAGCAGCCGCAUCCUUACGAUCUGUUGCGCUAGAGUAUAUUAAUAAGAGUAGCCCAAAACCUCCUAAAGCCCUCUUGCAAGCUAUUGAAGAUCUGAAAAAACGCGAUGACAUCGUUGUCACAAAACCGGAUAAAGGGUCUGGUGUUGUUGUUAUGGAUAAAUCAGAAUAUCUUCGCCUACUAUCCGAAGCGUCAAUAAACGAUACCAGCAAAUUCCGAUUCGUCGACUCGGAGAGACCGAGAACCAGAGGACGACCUCCUAAGUAUUACCACCCUCUCCUUCAGAAAGAAAGGGAGUUGGAAACUCUCGUUCGAAAGAUUCUACCGAAAUCCAUUGCUGACGCUCUCCGCCCGAAAGGGUCCAGACUCGCACACUUGUAUGGCUUGCCGAAGACACAUAAAGAACAGUUGGCCGUGCGGCCAAUACUCUCUGCUACUAACACCUACAAUUACUCGCUAGCGAAAUGGCUUGACGACAAAUUGAAACCCCUGUCGUGCAACCAAUAUACAGUGACAGACACAUUCCGCUUUGCUGAUGAAGUACGAGGCUUCGAGAUCAGGAACGGCGAAAUUUUAGUUUCCUAUGACGUCAUCUCAUUGUUUACAAAUGUACCAUUGGAGGAAACAAUACAGAUCUUAGCUGAAAAAGCCUUUGCCCAGGAUUGGUUCAACGAGACGCACAGCUUGAACAUCUCUAAAGCGGACCUAAUCGACCUCCUCCGAGCAGCUACGAAAAACCAGCUUUUCCAGUUUGACGGUGCUUUAUAUGAGCAGACAGAUGGAGUCGCUAUGGGUUCUCCCCUUGGACCGUUGCUGGCUAACGUCUUCAUGUGCUCGAUUGAGGAAAACCUCGAACGACACGGUCAACUUCCGCGCUAUUACCGGAGGUACGUCGAUGACACCCUGACCGUAAUGCCUGAUAGGGUGACCGCUGGCCAGUUUCUAGACACCCUUAACUCUACCCAUCCCUCCCUCCAGUUUACCAUGGAAGUCGAACGGGAAGGAUCCCUUCCCUUUCUAGGAACUGAACUGCUUAACCGUGCACCAAAGAUUGAGAGCAAGGUCUACAUCAAAAGAACCAACACGGGUCUCCUUCUGCAUUUCCAGAGUCAUGUUGACAUUAAGUACAAGCGCAGCCUAGUUAACACCAUGGUGGAUCGCGCUUAUCGAUUAUCUUCUAACUGGUCUUUCUUCUCCGAGGAAUGUGACCGCCUUAGAGGGGUUUUUCAUAACUUGAAAUACCCAAAGCCACUGGUUGAAACUACAAUCAAGCGGUUCGUUGAGAGAAGGAUUUCAUCUGCAGAACCCUGUCCAUCACCAGACGUACCAUCGGAGACUGUGAGAUUAGUGUUACCCUUCAAGGACCAGUCGUCAGCUAAUCAUGUUAAACAACAACUGAACAGUCUAAGCUCGAAGUUAAGCGUGACUGUCCAACCAGUGUUCGUUAGCCCUAAGCUCGAUCAACAGCUUAAGCAACACGAAAUUAAGCCCCCUAUUGUUAACCAACAAUGUAUCGUUUAUGAAUUUAAAUGUAACCUGUGUGAUGCAGGGUAUGUGGGCUAUACUCGUGGUCACUUACACGAGCGCGUAGAAGGGCACAAAAGGAAAUCAUCUUCUAUCUACAAACACUACCACCUCCAGCACAAUAGUGAAAUGCCUGAACGCUUGAUCGAGCAAUUCAACGUCAUCACGAAAUGUAACGGCAAAUUUGAUUGCCUUGUUAAU